AUGGACGGCCACGCUGCAAUGCCACCUGAUAUAAUUGAACGACAGUCGCUCUGUCUCGCCCAGCCCAUGCCCGGCAUGGUCGCACAGCCGGGCCAGAGCGGCUUCAAGGAGGAACUGGCUCGUAUUUUCAACCCCGCCGAGAGCAAUGCCGCCGAGCAACUCGUCGACCUCAAGGACGCUCUCCGCAGUGCCGACACUGACACCUUCUGGGCACUACUCACCAAAGGCCUCGCCGGCAUCGCUGAUGCCCAAUAUGCUUUCGUAUCCAAACGGAUUCUCGUCGACGACAAAGACAUCCCCGUGGAGCUACCCCCAAUCGGAGAGCCCGGAGCCUGCCUCAUGGGAGAGGCCUUCUACAUCAACGAUGAUUACGGCAACGGCCCUGGACAUCUCAGGAACUUUAAAUACCAUGCAUAUGCCUGUCCAUGUGCUUACAUGAAGCACGACAAAAUCUUCAUCAUCCCAGAACGACUCAACGAGUUCAUCGUCAACAACCCCAACGACCUGAUUAUUCCCGGCGAGGCCUUUAUGGGAAUUCCACUAUUCGCUGAAGGAAAAUGUUUUGCACAUUUCGGCCUAAUGUGGGGGAAAGAGGGUGCUGCGAGGCGGAAGCUGAGCUGGGGCUUUCUCGAGAUGCUUAUGCACAGCUUGGAGGACAUGAUCCUGGACCGCGUACUGAGGGGCAUCAACUUUGCACAGUCAGCUGAACUACCCUCGAACAUAUCAACAAAAAUCGUUCCACACGAGGCCGUCUCGGUCGCUCAAUCACUCAAACCUUACGCUAGGAGCCUAUCCCACGAGCUCCGCACGCCAAUGCAGGGUGUUGUUGGUAUGCUUGAUGUCAUGAUGGCCAACCUGAAGGAGGCUGCCGAAACUAUGCACAUAGAUCCACGCACCAGAGAAGUGCUCGACACCUUGAAGGAGAACAUCGAGGCCGUUCAAGACAGCUCAAGGCGCGCAGUCGAAGCAGCCGACAAUGUAGUUCACGCUUAUGAUAUGAACAUGGGCGUACCUGAGACCCCACUUUCGCCACUGGACAAGACACCUGACCAAUGGAACACCUUCUGGCGUGAGAUGCGCCCUGACUUGAUGAUCUCGGGUAACAGCAUGGCUCGAGCGCCAUUCCGUGGUAUGAAGAGAAGGAGAGACGAAUGGACAGACUGCAGCAACAAGACGCGUGUAGCCAGGCCGGCUCGGCAACGGAUCCGAGAGUCUUUCUCCGAGGAACCUCCCAUGCGUAACGCCUCAUCAUGCCCCCCCAAUACCGGAUUCAAGGAUGUUUCUCGCAUGGAGCAGAGCUGCUCCCAUAACACAUCCUCAAAUCAUUGCGACUCAAGAGCCUCGCCGAUGUUUGCCUCGGAACACUCCAAAGUACCUGGACUGCGACAUGCAAACUUGAGGGAAGUUUUGCAGUAUGUCAUCAACGACGCCCUCAAGGUCGGUGGGCGGCCAGAAUCAGCCGUUGCAGAAGCGACAGACGCCGGAGAGAGAAUCGAGGUGCGGACGCGUAGUUCAAACGGUGAAUCACACACAAAGUGGAUCGAAUGGACCGUGUCACCUGAUGUACCGGAUACGAUCCUGAUUGACGAGCGAGACUUGGCCAAGAUGGUCUCCUGCCUUGCUCUCAACGCCAUCAAGUUCACUCAUGACGGUAACAUCACCUUACAUGCGACCCUGAGUGCCAAAGGCCGCUACAUUGUCAUUAACAUCAAAGACACUGGCUCUGGGAUACCAGCGGCAUUUCUUCCCAACCUGUUCAAGCCUUUCUCCCGAGAGGAUGACUCGACUACACGGCAGAGCGAAGGCCUGGGUCUCGGCUUAAUGGUCGCCAAGGGCAUUGCUAGGAAGCUUGGAGGAGAUCUUUUCUGUCUCCGCUCGCACGUUGCCGGUCCCAACAAAGGCUCCGAGUUUGAAAUGCGCGUUCCUCUUGCUCCAGGCGAAGUGUGCAGCCGGCCUUCAACCCCUUUCGGCUCACCGACUCCCUCCAUCAAGUCGCGCAUGUCGGUCGAACGAGAGGUUCCACGCUUGGACAUCAGCCAAGCUCCAGUAACACCGCCGCUAUCCAACGAGCCGUUCACUGAGCCGUCAUCGGUUGCGCUUCACUCAGUGCCUGUCAAGAACUUUGGACUCCCGACACCGCAUCGAAGCCACUCACCACCCCACCAUCGUCGGGCUUUGUCUUCAGAAAUGGACAUCGCUCCCAAGGAUCUUGCCAAACAUCUUCCCCUCAACUUCCUUGUGGUCGAUGAUAACGCCAUCAAUCGACGCGUGUUGUGCAACAUGUUGGGACGGUUGGGAUACAAGAACGUCACAACAGCAUUCAACGGCCAGGACGCCGUGGACACUAUGAGCCGCAAUGCCCAAGGUCCUGCCUCGGAGGCCAUUGACGUAGUUCUCAUGGAUUUGUGGAUGCCGCUUCUCGACGGUUUCCAGGCUUCAGAGACCAUCCUGUCCAUGCCCGAGUUCGUAGCUUCGGGCAAGAAACCUACCAUCCUCGCCGUCAGCGCCGACGUGACUGACGCGGCGCUCGAAAAGGCAGUAACGAGUGGAAUGAGCGGCUUCAUCACGAAGCCAUUCGUCUCUCGAGAUAUCAUUCGGUUGAUCCGAACAUAUUGCGCAAGCCAGGAGCAUUGAGCUACAGAUAUCUUGACGAUGAGGUACAUAAUACUUUGAUUUUGCUGCAUAUAUGCAGGGCGGCUGCAAUUAGCGAUUUGGGCAGCAUAGAGCGUUUUGCUCUUCUUUGGCGCUUGGGCGGAGGCUUCUGGGCUUUGGUCUAUCUUUGAUACCCUCUGGACGAUUCAUGUCGGAACGAUGAUAUAGGACGCGAAGUAUAGCUGGCAUAUCUGCCAAUACAUAAUUGAACCCA